UGAAGAUCUCUUCAGAAUGGCCUUAUGGACAUGUUCUGCACAGACAUAAAGAGCCUCCUCAAUGAGUUCCACAACGGUGCUGAAAACCAAGGUCGGUGGAAGCAAAGGAACAUCUGUCAAAGAGCCAGAACAGAGAAACAAAAAGCAUGUGAGAGUCAACACAGAAGUGCAACACAGUACUGAUCCAAAGCCUUUCUGCAAUGAAGAAAGACAUCCAGGAGAGCUACAAUCGAUACUUAAAAAGCCUGUCCAGAUCAGUACAGUGAAUGCAGGAACUGAACAGAAGACUCCAAUCAGUGAAGCUAUGCCUUUGAAGCAGAUGAAGUCUGUUAACAGAACAAAGUCUGCAGAGUUCCGUGAAGAAGUGGAUAACAAUAUCGAACAGAAGCCUUUAUCCAGGCUCUCUCACAAACCUGAUCCUGAUGUCCCUGGGACUACAAUAGAAGACAAUGACAGUACCUCUGUUGUUAAGAAAAUAACUCAAGACCAAGAAAAAACUAAAUGUGACAGUGAAUAUAAAACUGUCGGUCUUCAGCCUCCCUCUGAGGACGCAAUUGAAGAAAAAUGGGUACGGAUAGUUGCAACACAGUAUUCAUAUCUUAACCAGUACCUCAGAGAAAGAUUCAAGGAGAAGAUGAAAGAAGGUUUUGAAUCUGAUACAUCUGAUGACGAACUACUACCUAGUACCUCUGGAGGAAGAACACACUCAAUGCAGAAAAUGUCCUCAAAACAAGAAUACACAUCUACACAAUCAGAACAUUUCUCUGAAAAAAAGAGUAAGGAGGAGAUGUGGGCCCAGAUGAGUGCACACCAGUAUGCAUGUCUUAACGAAAUUCUCAGGAAAGAUUUCAAGAAGAAAAUGCGUAAAAUGUAUGAAAAGUCUGAAAGCAACAUCUGUUCUAACAGAGUGCCAAUUCCCAGUAAGCCCAAAGAGAAAGCAUACUUAAAGCAGAAAAUGACUGAAGAAAAGAAGAAACAUGAUGGACAAGAUGCACGUGUGCAUUCAAGACUUCCUUUGGUCAGGAGGAAGGAGGACGUGAAGGAGCAAGCUGAUUGGCACCACACACAACUGAAUGAACUCCUCAGAAAUGAUAUAAAGGAAUUAAUAAAGGAGGAAUUGGCUACAGGGCAUGCAAAGAUGAGGGAACUCCUCAGAAAGGAUCUAGAGGAAAUUAGGGGAAUACUCAAGAAGGAAUUAAGACAACUAUUUGUGGAGGAGAUGGCCCUGCUGCAAGAGCAGGAGCACUGGAAUCUGCAGUACCUGAAGGAACUCUUUAGAAGGGAAUUAAAAGAGAUGGUUCGGCAACAGGUUAAAAAUUCCAAAAUUAUCAUUUGUCCUAAAGAAGAGCCACUACCUGGUGCCUCUAAAGGAACUGCAGACUACCAGAGAACAUCUCUGGAACAAAGAAAAAAGAAAAAACAUGGAAGUGACCAUGACAGUGCCCCUUCACAUUCAGAAAAGCCCUCAGUGCAAACUGAAGAGGAAGUCAUUGGUGGGCAGAGUGAUUCCCGCCGUAUACCUCUAAAGGAACUCAUUAAAGAAGAUUUAAAAGAAGCACUUUGUGAAAUACUUGAAAAAUAUAAAUGUGAUACAUGUAUGAAGAAAGAACUACCUCAUAUCCGUAAUGGAAGAAAACAACUAAGGAAAAUAUCUACAAAACAAGAGCUAAGGAAGAAAUAUGACAGUGAGUCCUUAUAUUCAGAGAAGCCUGCUACCAAGACAGUGAAGGAAAUGGAGCAUGAGCACAGUGAAUUGCAGCACGUGCAUCUUAAGGAACUCAUUAAAAAAGAUUUAAAGGUGAAAAUUUGUGAUGUGCUUGGAAAAUACAAAAAUGUUUGCCCUGAGAAAGAAGGACUACCUCGUGUCUCUAAGGGGAAAACAAGAUUAAAGAAAAUCACUGAAGAUCAAGAAAAGGAGAAGUGCAAUGUUGAAUAUGCAUCUUUAUGGUCAUGGCCUUCUGUGAAAACUGAUGAGGUGACAAUAGACCAGCAGAAUUCACUACAGUACAAACACCUUAAAAAAUACAUCAGAGAAAAUGUAAAGGAGAUGGUUCAUGAACAACUUGAAAAUGCUGAACUUAUUAUUCAUCCUAAGGAAGAGCCUGUACCUGAUGACUCUAGAAGAGAAAUAUCCACAAAGGUUAAAGAAAAGAAGUCAGGGUAUCUGCAUAUACCCGUUUUCGAGUCUUUUGAGCACAGAAUCGCUGCACUGCGGGCUACCGCACACGUUGAACCAGCUCCUGCUGCCUGCCCUCGUGAUGCAGGUGACUUGGGUGACAUGGACAAGGCUUUCAAGGCUCAAUUGGCCCGUGCAGUUGCUUUGGCUGACAGCACUGAGCACCAAAGAUGGCAACCGCACACUGACCCUGAGCUUGCUCCUGGUCACCGCACUGGUGACGCCAGGGACCCUCCUCACAAUGCUGACCUGGCUCUUGACAAGCUCAGUAUUGAUCUAGAAUCUGCUCCUCUCUGUGGUCCCAGUGACACUAAGGAUCCUGCUAAUGACGCUGACCUAGCUUUUCACACUGCACAUCCAACUGGCCGCUUCAGACCAAGCAUGAGCACCAACAACAGGUCUGACCUAUACAUGGGUGAUAUACCAGAUUCUACAAGGGUAGUCUGGAGAUCUUACCAAGAAGCUUCCAGUAAAAAGAACGAUGGCCAGGUUGGUGCUGCAGUUGAUUGACAGUCCUUUGAAGCAGUCAAAUUGAUAUCUACAUUAGCAAGAAUUUUAAAACAUAUAGAAAUUCAAAAGAAAAAUAUUCCUCUGAAAGAGGACAUUCUAUAUAUUGAACUCUGUACACAAAUUUUUAAUGAUUUUCAAUUAAAAUAUACUAUGAAAAAUUUUAAA